CUUUGUUCUCCUCCUGGCUCAGCAGGGAGACGGCUCUUCUGAGUGCAGCUGCAGCCUUCCGCCCCCCCUCCUCUCGCUGCUCUAUCAACCCGCGCAGGCGCAAUUGGCUCCUCUGUGCGCUCUACUGUUUGCAUUGUGUCUGAGCUGCCGGCGAGCUUUAAAAAUAUUAUACCCACCGCGGCAAUGUCGGGCAGGUCGGUCCGAGCUGAAACCCGGAGCAGGGCGAAAGAUGACAUCAAGAGGGUUAUGGCCGCUAUUGAGAAAGUACGAAAAUGGGAGAAGAAAUGGGUGACUGUUGGAGACACGUCCCUUCGCAUCUACAAGUGGGUGCCAGUUACAGAGCCCAAAUCAGAUGAUAAGAACAAGAACAAGAAGAAGGGCAAAGACGAGAAAUAUGGCUCAGAAGUGACGACUCCAGAGAACAGCUCUUCUCCAGGGAUGAUGGACAUGCAUGAUGACAACAGCAACCAGAGCUCCAUCGCUGACUCGUCCCCAGUGAAACAGGAAAACAGUUGUAGCACCAGCCCCGCCCCAGAGCCCACCUCCACAUCACACCGUGACAAUGGUGAAGCCAAGACUGACCAGAGCCCAGACAGCAAGAGGGGUAAGAGCAUCCCUUCAUCAGAGACCUCAGAGAGAGCACAAAGUGCCAAGAGAGACAGCCUGUCCUCAGGGGAGAAGGACUCUUCAGACAGCAAAGCCACUCAGGACCUAGAGGAUGAAGCCCCGCCCAGCAAGAAAAGCAAACUGGAGUCCUCAUCUCAGGACUUUGAGGAGAGUUAAAUGUUUGGGGCUGAGUCAUUACUCUUCUUCAGCCUCCUGUCUCUUUCCCUUUGUCCUUCCUCCAUUAACUCUAGAUAAUUUAGGGCUAAUGGACAUACUGGCUCUCCUCUCACUCCUGUUUUUCUUCCCUCACCUUCUCCUCUCUACCUAAACUAAAAGGGAUAAUGGACGUCUCCCACCCUUCCUCUCUCACUUUCACCCUAAUGGCUGCUUCCCCUCCAGUUUGUCAUCUUUGCCCCUGACACUCCCCUGUCACAGAGGGAGAAUGGAUAUUACCUCUGUUCACUGGUCCCCCUCCGUGCUUCCUUCCAGUCCUCCACACUUUUCACUAAUGCCAAGAGACACGCCGAACCUGGGCUGCAACCCCCUCUGUGAACAGGGGCAGCGCUGUCAGCCAAGCCACCACCAGGCCAGAUGACAAACACUGACCUGCUUCUGUGACUAAAAGAGUUAACACUGGGAUUAGGAUGAGGUCAAUCGCAGACACUGCUCUGAGACCAUUUUUUAAACGUUUCACUGCUAAGGGUUUAGCUCAGGAUAACUGAAGAGGCUAGCCUGGUCUCAGAUCAGCGGCUGCGGGGGGGAACCUCCACCCUAGGACCACGUCACUUCAAUCCUCCCGAUGCGCCUCCUGUUAGACUAAUGUUCUAUAUUUGUUUAGGAAGUGUUUAGGGUUUUUUUCUCAGGAGGGUCAAUGCACUGUUAUGGUAUGUCACAAUCGAUCACAGAUAGAUUUGCUGCUGUAGUGGAUGUCUUUUUUCUCUAUCCAUGAAAAGUUCACCAUUGACAUAUGUUUUUGUUUUUUUUGCUUUCAAAGAGAGUUUGUUUAUGGUUCGUAGAGGAAGAAUAUAACAACGGUACUGGUUGAGAUACACUCUUGGUUAAGUAGUAAAAACAGGCAUAGCUAGCGUAGGUCCUGGAGGUGUGCCUUGAGUUGCUAUGAUUAAAUACACGUUUUAGGUCAAGCAGGUUUUGAAUUACAAUUUUGGUGCCAUGUUUUGUUUUGUUUUUUGCCUUACAAUUAUCACUAAAUAGUUUUAGCCGAUAUUUAUUUUUUACCUACAACUGUUUUUCAUUUAAAAGGAAUAGAUGAAC